UUCGAAGCGUAGAAUGACGUAAAUAGUCCUAUUCCAGCUGAAUCGAUCGAACGAACGAGUCUGCGUGUUAACAGAGGCGCCAUACGACGUCCUCAUACGCUUCUUCGUCACUGACGAAUUUGUCAUCGUAGUAUUGCCGGUCGUGACGCUCUUGGAAAUUUUUCUUUGAAAUAAGAGAAAUUUCUUCAAGAAAAAUUUUCAUAGAUUUCUAACAUGCCGUCAGUGCGGCGGAUGAUCCUGGGGCACGUCAUGUCCGGACUAUAUACGAAACUUAAUCGUACGAAAAAAUUGCGGGGUGAUUUAUUAGAAACACCGAUGAAAAGAUGUCUCUCUACUUUCGACAUUACUUUGCUUGGUGUCGGGCAUAUGGUCGGUGCUGGAAUCUAUGUUCUAACAGGAACGGUGGCUCAUGAUUUAGCUGGACCAGGUGUAGUUCUCAGCUUUCUUCUAGCCGGUAUAGCUUCAUUGUUAGCUGCUCUGUGUUAUGCCGAGUUUGGUGCGAGGGUACCUAAAGCUGGCAGUGCUUACGUUUAUACUUAUGUUUCUAUCGGUGAAUUUUGGGCCUUCGUUAUCGGUUGGAACAUAAUACUGGAGCAUAUGAUUGGUGCUGCAUCCGUGGCAAGAGCUUGGAGUGGUUACGUCGAUUCCUUGGCAGGAGGAGCGAUUAGUAAUUAUACUCAUCGUUUAAUGGGUGGUUAUACAAUGGGAGAACCACUUGGUACCAUGCCGGAUUUCUUGGCAUGCGGUUUAUGUCUUGUUUAUGCAAUGCUCCUAACAUUGGGAGUGAAAUGUUCAGCAGCCGUUAAUUCUCUCUUGACUUUGGUUAAUUUAGCUGUCAUGAUACUGACGAUCGUUUUGGGAAUUUAUUACGCAGAUAUCUCGAAUUGGAGCAACGAAAACGGUGGAAUUUUUCCAUAUGGUUUCAGUGGCGUACUUGCUGGCGCAGCAACGUGCUUUUACGCUUUCGUUGGCUUCGACUCGAUUGCAACAUCCGGAGAAGAGGCACUUGAUCCAGGACGAAGUAUUCCGUUAGCAACGAUUCUUUCAAUGGCUAUUGUCACUAUUGGAUAUGUGAUGGUUGGUGGUGUUCUUACAUUGAUUGUACCUUACUGGAACAUCAACCCUACUGCAGCACUUCCUGAAGCUUUCGCAUCGAGAGGUAUACCAUGGGCUAAAUAUGUGAUUAGUAUCGGUGCACUUUGCGGAAUGACAACUACUCUCUUCGGUUCGCUCUUUUCCUUACCAAGAACGAUGUAUGCCAUGGCAAAUGAUGGUCUUCUUUUUGGUUUUCUCGGUUAUAUAAGCAAUCGUACUCAAGUACCAGUUCUCAAUUUGAUGAUUAGUGGAAUUUUUAGUGCGUUGAUUGCUCUUCUUUUCGAUUUACAACAUUUGGUUGAGUUCAUGUCUAUUGGUACUUUCCUGGCGUAUACCAUCGUGUCGGCUAGUGUCAUAGUACUCAGAUAUCGUCCUGAAAAAAAUACACCUGCUGCUUCUACUGCCGGUACACCGAGCAGUCUAGCUUCACCACCUACAGAGGGUGCAGAUUUUAAUAGUGAUUGCAACAGCAUUGCAUCGGCUGAUGCCGAGCUUCUGGAUUCUAGCGAAGGUGUUGGAAAAUUAAAACCACGAUACAGUUGGUUAGCCAAUUUCUUAGGCAAUUGUGAGCCUGGAACAGCCGUGGCUAUUACUGUAACAAUUUAUACAACAGCCAGUGCUUCACUUUGUCCGCUUCUGAUACUAUUGUUCCAAUCAUCUUUUGAAUCUGCAUGGAACGAUUACUUUGUCUUGGUGAACGUGAUCAUUCUUAUAAUCGGUACUUUGUUAGUGAUUGGUGCACAUCGACAAAAUCCACCAAGCGGUAAAUUUCAAGUACCGAUGGUACCUUUGAUUCCAGCUUUAAGUAUUCUUUUCAAUGUUGGUUUGAUGUUUCAUUUGUCUUUAUUAACUUGGUUACGAUUUUUCGUCUGGAUGAUAGUAGGAAUGCUCAUUUACUUUUUGUAUGGUAUUCACUAUAGUAAGGAAGCAGUUAGUCCAAAUUCAUAUUCAGUUUUAAUGGCUAGUUCGGAAGCAGUAAGAGGUGCUAAAUGGGGUGCAAUGUUACGCGUUAAUCAAAAAGUUGACAAAGUACCUAUUCUUGACGAGAACGAACAUUAAAACUAGUAUUACAAGCAAAAGGUUUAAAAAGUAGACAGUAAGUAUAAGUGUAGUAACAAUGUGGAAAAGAAAAA